CUCCCACUUUGUAAAAUGUUUGUUGAUCAUUACCUGAUCGAUAUGGAAUUUGAAGGCUCUGCCUUGGAUGAGCUAUACUUGAGCCCUGAUCAAGAAGGCAGCGGCGGAGGAGGAAGGAUGGGUCACCGGAGAUACAACGACGAAAAAGAUGAUUCCAAGUACACAUCCAAGAACCUCAAUGCCGAAAGGAAGAGAAGGGCGAAGCUAAGUGACAGGCUCCUCAAGCUACGAUCAUUAGUCCCUAUUAUCACAAAUAUGAAUAAAGCGACUAUCAUAGAUGACUCGAUCACUUAUAUUCAUGAGCUGCAGAAGAAUGUGAACAUGCUCCAGUACCAGCUCUUUGAGUUGGAAGCAUUGUCUUCCCUGGAGGUACCGGAGCCAAAGUCGAGGAAAGAAGAAGUUGAUGCUGCAGAAAAGAUGAAGAACUGUGGGAUUCAGGCAGAGGUUAAUGUGACUCAAAUUGAUGGGAACAAACUUUGGAUAAAGGCGGUCUUUGCGAAGAAAAGAGGCGGAUUCACCAAACUGAUGGAGGCCAUGACUGAGUUUGGCUUUGAACUCACUGAUACCAGUGUCACUACCUCCAGUGGAGCAAUGAUGGUCUCAUCAUGUGUUAUAGGAUUCCAUUGCGAUGCGCUUGCAGUCGAGCAAACCAGGGAACUGAUGCUGGACAUCAUUAACGGCAUAUAG